AUGAGUAUCAGAAUUCUGCCUGCCCACAAGAGGGGAUCUGGAGCAAAAGACUCCAACCUAGACUCUGAAAAACACAAACAAAGGACCUAUGAAGACCGAUUGUUUCCUGCUAGCAGUGCCACCUUCGGGAUACUAGAGGUUGGUUGUGGAGUUGGAAAUAGUGUGUUUCCAAUUUUGAACACUUUGCAGAACUCUCCAGAGUCCUUUCUGUAUUGUGAUUUUGCUUCUGGAGCUGUGGAGCUCGUAAAUUCACACUCGUCCUACAGCGCAGCCCAGUGUUUUGCCUUUGUUCAUGACGUCUGUGAUGAUGGCUUACCUUACCCUUUUCCAGACGGGAUCCUGGAUGUCAUUCUCCUUGCCUUUGUGCUCUCUUCUAUUCAUCCUGAGAUGCAAGGUGUUGUAAACCUACUGUCCAAGUUACUGAAACCUGGGGGAAUGCUGUUAUUUUGAGACUAUGGAAGAUAUGAUAAGACUCAGCUUCGUUUGAAAAAGGGACAUUGUUUAUCUGAAAAUUUUUAUGUUCAAGGAGAUGGUACCAGAGCAUAUUUCUUUACAAAAGGGGAAGUCCACAGUAUGUUCUGCAAAGCCAGUUUAGAUGAAAAGCAAAAUCUUGUUGAUCGCCACUUACAAGUUAAUAGGAAAAAACAAGUGAAAAUGCACCAAGUGUGGGUUCAAGGCAAAUUCCAGAAACCAUUGCACCAGACUCAGAAUAGCUCCAAUAUGGUAUCUACACCCCUUUCUCAAGACUGA